UGGCUGAUCUUGUGCGCCUAGGGGUCUGGCUGGUUGCAAUCUUAGCAAGUCUACCUGCGGGUGUGCACAGCUCCGUAUGGAAAAGGUGUGCGUCUAGUAUUGUGAGCACUUGUGUACAAAUGCACUGCGAAAUGGGUGAUCCUUGAUGUAACCGGACGGGGUCGGUGACGUUUAUUGCUCGUUAGGCGGGGUUGGUGGGACCUGAAACCCACCCUAGCAGCUUAUGUUAACUGAUCCCCGAAAUGGCCGCGGGCGCAUGUUUUCUAUGACAAAAGUGUAAGUUGUUUGUACAGUUAUGCGGUAGUAAUGCAUUGCGCGGGCAAAGGUGCAUCUGGCGAAGACGCGCAUUGGUCGCACGGUGACGACAACACAAUUGUAAACUGUUUUAAGCAUAAACGUGCGUACUUGUCGCUUUAUCUUCUUGCAUAGCAUCACGCAUACUACCUACGUGUGUCAAGAUAGGAUUAACUUAUAAAGGCCGUGGCGUGCCUCGAUCCAAGUCAUGCAACCUGAAAAUGCAGCCUUCCCAGUCUGGUUAUAAUCUGAAAGGAGUUUUCCUUCGUAUUACUUGGCCGUGUUGAGAAGAGGACGGCGUAAUGGACGUCGGGCGCAUACACUGCUUCUUGGUUGCCACCAGGGGUGGCGACGUAAUAUACGAGAGGUUUUUCGAUCGCUUUACGGAGCUGGAAAAGGCGGAGAUACGUGCAGCGUUCAGCGCGGCGUCUAGUAAUGUCCGGAUGCCACCGGAUCAGGAGCAGGACUUCAUCGCGCCUUACAAGUUGACCAGGUUCGCCUUCGUUCCUGUGGCGGAUACCGUGUUCUAUCUACUGGGUUCCGGGGAGUACGACGAAGUGGGCUUGGUCGAGGUGCUUCGAGUUAUCAUUCAAGUCCUGAAGGACGUGCUGGGUAAGGCGCCUUCGUCCGGACUACUGUUAGAAAAGUACGCGAAGCUGGCGCUGGUGGUGGAUGAAGUGAUCAACGAGGGCUUGCUUGAAGCGGUGGACAAGGAGGCCAUAAAGAAGGGGAUCAAGGGGAAGGCAGCAUGGGAGUAA